AUGGCUGCUUCUCGGUUAUUGAAGGCAGCGCUGUUGGUUGGCCGCACAAGUUUACGGCAACAUACAGUUGCAACAAGAGUGCCUUUGGUUGCAGUACGUGCAACUUGCUGUCGCGGUUUUCAAACAUCGGCUAUCCAGCGAGAACAACAUUUGCAAGGGUACAAAGACAGCGACCGGCAUCACGGAAAAUACCCUGCACGCACCCACUACUGUGGCCAAUUGCGAGCUUCGGAUAACGGUCAGCAUGUCGUCCUGAGCGGUUGGGCGCAGUCACCAAGAGCCAUGUCGCAAGAUCUCAUUUUCCUUCCCAUUCGUGAUUCAACGGGAGUCACUCAACUUGUAUAUCGCAGUGAGAAUUGUCCUGCUCACCUCAAAGCGCAGAUCCAGAAUCUGUCAGCCGAAAGUGUGAUUUGUGUGGAAGGCAUUGUUCAUCGUCGUCCCGAAGGCAUGGCCAACCAAAAGCAGACUACCGGCGAGAUCGAAGUCGAAAUCACCAACAUAUACUGCUUGAAUCCGUCGUCGCCGUCUCUCCCCUUUUUGCCGACCCAACCUCAGCUGCCCAACGAGGAGAUCCGCUUGCGAUACCGCUACUUGGAUUUACGGCGGGAUGAAUUGCAAAAGAACAUUCGUUUACGAUCCGUGACAGCCAACACUGUCCGACAGUAUCUCAUUGGGCAUGGAUUCACGGAAAUUGAGACGCCAACUCUGUUCAAAUCGACUCCCGAAGGUGCACGAGAAUUUAUCGUGCCAACAAGGAAGCGUGGCGCUUUCUAUGCUUUACCGCAAAGUCCACAACAGCACAAGCAAAUGUUGAUGGCGGCCGGAUUUGAUCGAUAUUUUCAAAUUGCGAGAUGUUUCCGUGACGAGGAUUUGCGAGCGGAUCGACAGCCGGAAUUCACUCAGAUCGAUUUGGAAAUGUCAUUUAUUACAGUGGACGAUAUCCAACGUAUUAUUGAAGGCAUGAUUACUGCUAUUUGGGACAAGGCAUUGGGAAUGAAGCUCAACAGUAGCAUGUUUCCUCACAUGACGUACCAUGAUGCCAUGUCCAAGUAUGGUUCCGAUAAGCCCGAUGUUCGAUUUGAUAUGCAGAUCAAUCAAAUCGAAUCAUAUGUAUCGGAUGUUGCGGGCCAAGAUUCCAUUGAUUGUAUGGUUGUGAAGAAAGGCUCAUCAUUGACUGGAGGUGAUUUGAAGAAUACACAAAAGGCCUUUGAUUUGGUCGAUUCCAAGGAAUUUGCAUUUGCGAAAAUCAACGAAAACAACAUUCAUCAAUGGCUGCGCAAAUGUGGAUUCCUUCGUCAUUCUCAGCACAUUGACAGCGUACAAUCCAAGCUGAAUAGCAAACUCAACAUUGAACAAGGGGACCUUGUACUCGUGAACAAACGACCCAAUUAUCUCUAUGGCGGUAACACGCUGAUGGGUCGUCUUCGACUUCAUUUUGCCAACACUAUGCAGGAGAAGGGACUCCUUCAGCUCGAUCCGAAUGCUUUCAAAUUCCUCUGGGUGGAAUCAUUUCCCCUCUUUACACCGGAUGAACAAGGCAUUCGCACAUGGCAAUCUACGCAUCAUCCGUUCACUGCUCCCUUUGACGAAGAUAUUCCCCUCCUUGCGACCGAUCCAGCCAAGGUACGAGGUCAGCACUAUGAUCUUGUCCUCAACGGCAUGGAAAUUGGGGGUGGAUCCAUUCGUAUUCAUUCCCCAGUGAUGCAAUCGUUUAUCUUUGACAAAGUGCUUCAGUUGGAAAAGUACGAAUACCAACGUUUCGAUCAUCUUAUUGAUGCGCUGGGCGGAGGGUGUCCACCUCACGGUGGUAUUGCCCUUGGAUUCGACCGACUCAUGGCUAUUUUAUGCAACGUCGCUUCGAUCCGUGAUGUGAUUGCCUUCCCCAAAGCGGCCGGUGGCAAAGAUUUUGUCGUCAAUAGUCCCUCAGAAGUAACAGCCGCCCAAUUGAAAGAGUAUGGCCUUCGGUUAACAGAAGAGUGA